UUCUCGUCAGGCAGGAAGCAAGAAAGGAGUUCCUGGCUGGGCUGCUGCAAAGCCCCAGAAGAGCGGCCGGCCGGGAGACGUAGAGCAGAGCCAUGGGGAACUUCCAGGGGGGGCUCUCCCUGUCCCCCAGCAGGAGCCUCUGCUCUCGACAGCGGGCCUCCACCUCCGAAGAAAUGGACCUCAACAACAAGAGCAGUUGCCCGUCUGACCGCCACGUCGAACCCCCCAAAUACUCCCGGAUCAAGAACUGGGAGUCGGGCUCCAUCAUGUACGACACCCUCAGCGCCCAAGCCUUGAAGGAGGUGCCCUGCAACGAGAGGCGCUGCCUGGCCUCCCUCAUGUUCCCGCGCCAGCUCUGCUCCGCUCCGGAGGGACCCCGCGGAAAGGAGGAGCUCCUGCCCUUGGCCCGGGACUUCCUCCACCUCUACUACAGCUCCAUGAAGCGGGCUGAGUCCCAGGCCCACACGCAGCGCCUGCAAGAGGUGGAGCAGCAGAUUGCGGAGACGGGGACCUACCAACUCCUGGAGGCCGAGCUCAUCUUCGGGGCCAAGCAUGCCUGGCGCAACGCAGCCCGCUGCAUGGGGCGCAUCCAAUGGAACAAGCUGCAGGUCUUUGAUGCCCGGGACUGCACCAGCGCCCAGGAGAUGUUCACCUCCGUCUGCACCCACAUCAACUACGCCACCAACCGUGGCAACCUGCGGUCAGCCAUCACCAUCUUCCCGCAGCGCAUGGCAGGGCGAGGGGACUUCCGCAUCUGGAACCAGCAGCUGAUCCGCUACGCGGGGUACAAGCAGCAAGACGGCAGCAUCCUGGGAGACCCGGCAACCAUUGAGCUCACCGAGGUCUGUGCCCAGUACGGAUGGCGGCCCCCCUUUGGGCGCUUCGACGUGCUCCCGCUCUUGUUGCAGGCCCCAGACGAGGACCCCGAGCUCUUCCCGCUGCCCCCCGAACUGGUCCUGGAGGUGCCCAUCAAGCACCCUACGCUGAAAUGCUUUGAGGAGAUAGGGCUCCGCUGGUACGCACUGCCGGCCGUCUCCAACCUUCUACUGGAGAUCGGGGGGCUGGAGUUCCCGGCGGCCCCCUUCAGCGGGUGGUACAUGCCCACUCAUGUUGGGGUCCCUUCACCCCAAGACACAGACACAAGAGAGGUUGCAUGUCCCAUUCUCCUAGGCUGCCCUUGUUUUCCACAGGAUCUGGCAGAGCGCAUGGAGCUGGACACACGGACGACUCUGUCCCUCUGGAAGGACAAAGCAGCUGUGGAGAUGAACGUGGCCGUCCUGCACAGCUUCCAGGUAGCCAAGGUGACCAUCGUGGACCACCAUGCGGCCGGGGAAUCCUUCAUGAAGCACCUGGAGAACGAGCAGCGGAUGCGGGGAGGCUGUCCCUCGGACUGGGUCUGGCUGGUGCCCCCCAUCUCCGGGAGCCUCUCGCCCAUCUUCCACCAGGAGCUGGUCAACUACCAGCUUUCUCCUUGCUUCCGGUACCAGACGGACCCUUGGAAGACCUACAUCCCCAAAGGCACCACCGUCACCCGCAAGAAGACGUUUCGGGAGAUUGCCAAUGCGGUCAAGAUUUCGGCCAAGCUGAUGGGCCACGUCAUGGCGCGCCGUGUCAAGGCCACGAUACUGUAUGCCUCAGAAACCGGGAAGAGCAGGGCCUACGCCUUGAACCUGCAGCAGCUCUUCAAGAGCACCUUUGCUCCACAGGUGCUGUGCAUGGAUGAAUACGACGUGGUCUCCCUGGAGCAUGAGACCCUGGUCCUGGUGGUGACUAGCACCUUCGGCAAUGGAGACCCCCCUGAGAAUGGAGAGGGUUUUGCCAAGGCCUUGAUGGAGAUGUCCUGCCCUUACUUGGGAGCCGUUGAGCCAGAGCUGCAGAAGAGCUACAAGAUGCGCUUCAACAGCAUCUCCCAGUCCGACUCCUUCGUGGCGUCUUGGAGGAAGAAGCGCCGGGAGUCCAGCAACACCGACAGCGCAGGGGCCCUGGGGACACUCAGGUUCUCGGUCUUUGGCCUGGGCUCCAGGGCCUACCCGCACUUCUGCGCCUUUGCACACGCCGUGGACACGCGCCUGGAGGAGCUGGGAGGGGAGCGCAUCCUGCCCAUGGGCGAAGGGGACGAGCUCUGCGGGCAGGAGGAGGCCUUCCGCACCUGGGCCAGGAGCGUCUUCAAGGCGGCCUGUGACACCUUCUGCGUGGAGUCUCUGCCCGAGGCGGCGGCCACCGAGGUCUUCAGCACCCGCUGCAGCUGGAAGCGCCACAAGCACCGCCUCUCGGCCCACCACAGCCCCCUGGACCUGCUGGCAGGUCUGACCCACGUGCACAAGCGCAAGGUGGUCCCCUGCCACGUCCUCUCCGUCAAGAACCUCCAGAGCCCAGAGUCCAGCCGGUCCACCAUCCUGGUGCAGCUGCAGACGGGAGACCACCCUGAGCUGCGCUACCAGCCGGGAGACCACCUGGGCAUCUUCCCAGCCAACAGCCCUGAGCUGGUGCAGGAGCUGCUGGAGCGCAUUGAGGACCCCCCGCCCCCCGGAGAGACGGUUGCUGUGGAGACCUUGGAGGCCGGAGUGGAAGGUGUGAAGCGCUUGUGGGUGCCGGACCCCCGCCUACCCCCUUGCACCCUGCGCCAGGCCCUCUCCUCCUUCUUGGACAUCACCACUCCGCCCAGUCCACAGCUGCUCCAGCUCCUGGCCACGCUGGCAGAGGACCCCCGGGAGAAGGAGGCACUCCAGCGCCUCAGCAAGGAUGCCCUUCUCUACGAGGAGUGGAAGUGGUUCCGCUGCCCAACGCUGGUGGAGGUGCUGGAGGAGUUCCCCUCGGUGCCUCUACCGGCCUCCCUGGCCCUGACCCAGCUGCCCCUGCUCCAGCCACGCUACUACUCCAUCAGCUCUGCGCCGAGUGCCCAUCCAGGACAAGUCCACCUCACCGUCGCCGUCCUCAACUUCCACAGCCAGAAUGGAAAGGGGCCCCUGCACUACGGGGUCUGCUCCACAUGGCUUUCCCGCCGGAUGCCUGGAGACAUGGUACCGGCUUUUGUCCGAGGGGCUCCCAACUUCCAGUUACCCCAGGACCCCUCCGUCCCCUGCAUCUUGGUGGGUCCUGGAACCGGCAUCGCCCCUUUCCGGAGCUUCUGGCAACAGCGGAUGCAUGAAAUUGAGACCCAGGGCCUCCCAUCCAGUGAGAUGACCCUGGUCUUUGGGUGCCGCAGCUCCCUCCACGACCAGAUCUACGAGGAGGAGAUUCACGAGGCCCAGCAGAAGGGGGCCCUCAGCCGGGUCUUGACGGGAUUCUCCCGUGAUCCAGAUUACCCCAAGACCUAUGUCCAGGACCUACUGCGGAUGUCCCUCUCCGGCUACGUCUUCGAAGCCCUAUGCCGGCGCCAGGGACACAUGUACGUCUGUGGCGACGUCACCAUGGCGACGGGGGUCCUGCAGACCGUCCAGCAGAUACUAGCCAAGGAAGGGAAGAUGGCGCUGGCCGAGGCCGGAGACCUGAUCAGUGAGCUUCGGGACAAGAACCGCUAUCACGAGGACAUCUUCGGCCUGACCUUCCGGACGCAGGAGGUGGCCUCUCGAAUCCGGAGCCAGUCCUUCACCAGCCAGAGGCGGAGCUUGCUGAUGGGACCCUGAGCUGCCCCACGUCUGUGGGAUUUUGCGUCUUAUAUGUCGAUCGCCCCACUUCCGUGGGACUUAUGUGUUGACGUCCUUGAAGCUGUUGUCAAAUACCCUGUUCAUCCCAGCCUUGGCGGAGAACGGGUUGAGGGGGCAACGGGGGGUGGAGGUCUUGAUUUGGGGUAUUUUUUUUACGUAGAAGCCCACAAACGAGGGCCAAGUGCAAAAGAUAAAAGUAAAAUUAAAGGAUUUUGGGGUUUUGAGUUCCAGAAUUUGAGUUCCCCUCCAAAGCCACCUCCACGUUGUCCCGGGAUGGCUUCAUUUUCAGCACAGAAUUUUGUGAUUGUUCCUGCGGCUCCGACAUCGUUGGGAGCACGUUCCA